UGAGUGGUUUCAUCUUUCCAAACCGUUCUGUUUGUUCCCGCUGGUUAAGAUGACAGCUGCCCCUUUACUGCAAGCGGCUCUCCUCUCCAGCAUCUGGUGGCCCGCAGUGCACCCUGUCCCUUGUGGUCUGAGCAUCCACCCUGUAGAUCCUAUAGUGCCAUUUGGGGGCUCUGUGACCCUUAACUGUACCAGCUCCUGUGCAAAUAAUACCCAGCUGAAUUGGGAGAUAUCUACCCAAGGGGAGGUCCAUAAAGCAGACAGGUGGACGUCUGUGAGCUUUGUCAACAUAACCGUUUGGGAUUUCCAGCCUGUAUGCUAUGGAGACUCGUCAGGAAACCCUGUCAAGAUGCCCAUCUACCUUUAUCGUAUGUAUGCCUAG